AUGGCUUGCAUUAGCAGCCCUCGGGUGGCGGUUUGGUCAUCUAUCUCUCUAAAAAUUUCCUUCGAUUGUGGGGAUGAAGAAGAUGACGACCACGAUGGUGUGUCUGGGGUUUUAUUGAGCCAUCCGUCUGGUCUUCCCUAUCUAGGUUUUAUACUUGACAUCUCUGGCCUUUCGUUAUCGAUAGCAAGGACGGACAAAGGCAACUAUCACGAUGACAUCUGGGAUUAUAUUCCUGAUAUCUCUGGACUUCUCUUCGAUGAUGAAGAUGGUGACCAUGAUGGUGCCUUGGGUUUUGACCCUGAUAUCCUUUGUCUUCUCUUUUCCAGGGUUCGGAACCGUGAUAUAAUCACCGAUAGCGGUGAGUCUCUUGCGGAAAAGAAAAAAGGGAGACUUGGAGAAGGAGUGUACACUCUUGUCUGCUCAAUCUUCGCCCCAAAUCAACUUGGACGGUUCACACUUUGA